AUGCGUCCGUUACCAUUGUUAAUUUGCGCACUUGCGCUCACCACCACGACUCAAGCAGUCGUCAACAGUGAAGCACAACGCCGUGAAGCACCGAUAGCCGACUCGUACGGCCCACCUCCUUCAUCUCCCGAGUUCAGCUCGGCCGAAUUGCCAGCUCCAGUGUAUGGAGCCCCGGCCGUAGCUCACUAUCCACCACCUCCACCGGACAUUCCACCACCUGUCCAGGCACCGAUCAUUCCGCACAAAGAGUACGGCGUUCCGGUGCAAAACUUCGGUCCUCCGAAGAUCAACAUCGAAUACGGACCUCCUCAGCAGCACAAACCAAUCUUUCACCAACCCCCAAAACCUAUCUAUGGUCCACCUCCACAACAACAUCAUCACUCCCAUCCACCCCCACCACCACCUCCGAAGAAACAAUCCUCCUUCCUGGAGUCCCUGUUUUCGACCUUUGGUUUCGGAGGUGAAUCUGAGCAUCACCACGCCCCUCCACAACAUCACUAUGGACCUCCACCCAAACCCGUCUACGGUCCACCGGCUCCGAAACCAGUCUACGGCCCACCUUCCUUCCCACAGCAGGCUCCCCCAAAACCUAUCUAUGGUCCACCCAAACCCAUCUACGCCCCAGCCCCUAAACCCGUCUACGGACCACCUAAACCUAUUUUUGCAGCCCAACAGUCAUCAUCGUUUGGCCAUCAUGCCUCUGCUCACGUCCCACCAACUCCUCCAGAGAUCAAGUGUGACGGCUGGAAACCAAUCGCUGGCCCAGUUGGUCAGGCCAACCACGCCUCUCAUUCUAGCGGUGAACUCCAUGCUCCAGAAUCAUCCUACGGACCACCACCCAGUGGCGAUUUCUUGUCCAUCGCUGGAGCCGAAAUUGGUCAGCAACUCCCUCGCCUGGAACAUGGUCCGGCCUUCAACAGUGAUCUUCACGGUGGUCAAUCGCUGGAGCUGUCCAAGGGAAACAGCUUUGAGAUUCGUUCGAACCUCAUCUCUGACUCUUACGGCGCUCCUCCGGUAGAAUCCUUUGCACCAGGUGGCUAUAAGCCAUCGUUCGUUAAACCUCUACCCCCGCCUCCUCCAGCAUCUCCACCAUUGAAGAUCCAGUUGCCACCAUCUCCCAUCUACGGAGUCCCACACGGAUCAUCUCAUGGACCAUCGCAUCGCCCAGGAUCAUACCCAGGACUAGGAAUCUCCCACGGAACCAUCAGCGGCAACCUCAAGCCUUGGGCCGGGCACCUCGUCUUGCCUCCACGUCAACCGAUCGCCUAUCGACCCCCAGUCCCAGCAGGCCUCAUCGAAUCCAUCGGCCAAACCGUUGAGCACCUGGACCAGUUCGGCAACAAACCCCAUUACACCGGAGACGUUUAUCUGCCACCUCCAACCAGUGACGUCGCCACAGCCCAACCAUCCCUGGAACUGAACAUUCUCCCCUCCGAUCACCCUCCGAAACCAUUCCUGACCCAGCAUCAACUCUCGGAAUCGGCAGCCCAAAUUCAGCAGCCACGAUACCAGGAACAUCAAGAGGUGCUGCCUAUUGCCAACGAUUGUGGCCAUGGACCGGAACUAUCGCACAGUAGCGAGGGUCAUCAGCAGUCUUCGUACUUCAGCAGCUCGGCUUCCGGUACCGGUUCGUACUCCAGCGAUGUGUCCAAUAGCAUCGAUACCAGCUACGGGCCUCCGCCACCGUCGUCGAUCGGGGAGUAUCGAACAGGUAAGGGGUCCUUGACAAUCAAUCAUUGUGAUGGGUGGUUUACACUCCCUUAAAUUUUAUUACCUUCCGUCUGUUUUUAAUGGUUCGGAUUUUAACUAUUUAUGUAAAUGCAGACCCCGUUCGAACGGUUUUUUCUAUCAGUU